AUGAUGGCGAAGAUCAGCUACGUGUUCCUGAUCCUGCUUGUCUCUGUCGAAAGCUCGAUGCAGCAGGUUGUUCCAGUAGGUUCUGUCUAUUGCUUAACGGGGACUCGCUGCCAAUGGCAAGCUAUACCGUGCCCAGAAGAAUGCCCGUAUCCCCUGACCAUGAACAAAGCUUGUUAUGUGGACUGCGAUUCGCCCACUUGUUCUUCCCAGUGCAGACAACGGAGGCCGAACUGCCAGGGCAUUGGAUCAGCAUGCUAUGAUCCUCGUUUCAUUGGUGGAGAUGGCAUCGUCUUCUAUUUCCACGGCAAGAAAGACCAAACUUUCAGUCUAGUUUCGGACACCAAUCUCCAACUCAAUGCCCGCUUCAUCGGUCACAGACCGACCGGUCGCUCCCGAGACAACACAUGGAUUCAAGCACUCGGAAUCCUCUUCAACUCCCAGUCCUUCACCAUGGAAGCAACAAGAGCCGAGACUUGGGAUGAUCAGAUUGACCAUCUGAUUUUCUCUCACAAUGGAAAUGAGAUAGAAAUACCACAAUACUCUAUGUCCACAUGGUACUCAGAGGCAAACGACACAAAGGUUGAGAGAAUAUCGAGCAAGAACAGUGUAUCAGUGACCUUAAAAGGCGGGGUUGAGAUUAUGGUGAACGUGGUUCCUAUUACAAAAGAAGAAGAUAGGAUUCACAGAUAUAUGUUGCCUUCUGAUGAUUGCUUUGCCCACUUGGAAGUGCAGUUCAGGUUCUCUGGUCUGUCGCCGAAGGUGGAAGGUGUGCUCGGACGGACUUAUCAGCCCAAUUUUGCGAACCCAGCAAAGCCCGGUGUGGCUAUGCCGGUUGUGGGAGGCGAAGAUAAGUACAGGACUACUUCACUUCUCUCUGCAGAUUGUAAGCUUUGCAUCUUCGCUCCAGGAAGCGAUCGUGACGACCGAGAGAGCUCAUUGGCAACUAACCAGUAUGUCACAUUGGACUGCACCAGAGGUGUCUCCACCGGUUCUGGCCAUGGCAUAGUUUGCAAAAAAUGAGUGUCUUCUCAUGUAUUAUCGUUCAGCCGUUAUCAUUACAAAAAAUGUCAGAUGCUUCUGCUUGCCCCUUAAUUAUCCAAUUAAGGGAAGGAAUAAAAGGCCUAGUAGUACCAUAA